UGGUGAUAAAAAUCAAUCAGAAUUAGAAAAUGUUGAUAAUAUUCAAGUUGUUCGGGUUGUACCAUUACCACAUGCACGUUCCGAAGUAUGGACUUAUUUUGGUUUUGUUGCCAAUGAUGAUGGUCAAAUAAUGGAUCGUACAAAAGUUGUUUGUAAAAUAUGUGCAUCAACAUUUUGUUAUUCCGGAAAUACAACAAAUUUUUAUUCACAUUUAAAAUCAAUGCAUUCAGAAGUACAGAUGCGUAAUACACCAACAUCGAAAACAUCACGUCAAUUAAAACGAUCAUAUUCAAAUUUUAUGGAUGAUACUAUUGGUAAUGAUAGUAUGGAUAUUGUCGGUACAUCAAAUGAUAGUUAUUAUCAUUCAAAUAAUAAUAAUAAUAAUAAUAAUAUUGGUCAAAUAACAAUUGAAGAUGAACCAUUACCUGAUCGUAGUUUAGAUAGUAUAAUAUUUGUUGAUGAUAUAACACAAUGUUUAAUUGAUUUUCUUGUUACUGAUUGUCGACCAUUAUGUGUAUUACAAGGAAAAGGAUUUCAACGUUUAUUACGGCUAUUAGCACCUGGUUAUAUAAUGCCUGAUAAACAACGUUUAUCAAAUCAAUUACGUAAACGUUAUGAUGAAUUACGUAAAACUGAUCAUGAACCAUCAACAAUGGAAAAAUUUGAUAAUUUAACAUAGAAAACAUUAAAAAAAACAAACAAAACAAAAUCGCUAGUUAUCAUCCAUUAUAUUCCAUUCAUCAUCAUUUCAAAAAUCAUCACUUUUUUGGUCAAACAACCAACUAUUUUCACACACACACAAAAUCAAUCUUUUCCAAUUCUUUUUUUUCCAAACAUUUAGUAAAAAAACAAAG